AAUACAUGGGCCCUCUCAGCACAGCAGCUACGAAAUACUGAAGCAGUCAAAUUAAAGACAACAAGACGUGGUAUCACUAUGUUACCCAUACGUUCUUUGGAAAGAAUCAUGCUUAUCAUUGUGCUGUGGGAUCUUUGCAGUUUGUUAUAUCUGGAAGGAUUACCACUUAAUAAGAGGUCAAUCAGUGAAGUACAGCUCAUGCACAACGUUCGGGAGCACAAGGAGAUGUUAGAAAGACAGGACUGGCUUCAGCUGAAGCUCAACAAUAUCCUCAUACCCUCAUUUAAUGUCUCCCAAAAGGAGCAAAAAGGGAAAACCAACAGCCCAUCUAUCAGAUGUUUAAGAAAACGGGAAGGUGCAACAUGGAUCUUAAAUUGACAUUGUCAGAACUGAUGUUUUUGAAAAGCUAAUGAACUCAAAAAAAAAGAAAAAAAAAAAAGAAAAGUGAUUUCUCAGUAACAUCAGUGCAGGAGGAGGACACAGUAAGUGUUAUUUAAAAUAUACUAUUGUAUUUGGAGAAAGAAAGUGCACUGCUCUACUAACAUAUUUUUAUUUAUUUUCAUAUAGUAUUUAUUUGUAAAUCAUUGUUUCUAUUUAGAUAUUGUAGAUAUUUGUUAGUUGUUAUUGUAGGCUUUUUGUGUGUGUGUGUUAGUUGUAGUACCGUACUGUCUCUUUAAAUGUGCUUUCAAUUUGUACCUUUAUUUUUUAGGUAUACAACAAUUGCAAUAAAAUGUGGACCAACUGGAUGUUUCUAACUGUCCACUUUCUAUUACAUACUCAACAAAUUUA